GACCUCAACCGUGAGGAGUUGAAAGGCUGGUCCGUGAAAUGCACAAUCCCGGGCUCAAAGUGUGAGCAAGUUCUCGGUUGAUGCAAGCCACGAGGUCCGAUUUCCCCCCGGACGCGGUGCGCAAUUGUUGGAUCCAUCGGAGAGCAAGAGGGAUUCGCUUCAUGAAACGUUGCUUCAGACAGCUCGUAUGUGCAGAGUGAUUGACUGUCCUCGUAUGAAUGGGCGGCAGUCCCAUGUCGCCCCGUCAUGGCAGCUGGGGGGUCAGGCGGAUCUGCGGCAGCCCAGGAAACUAUGCCCCAAACACCAAUUUUCCCAAGCAUGCUUGGUACCAGUUGUAGUGGACAUGUGCAACCAGACAUGGAGGAGAAAUGCGGUGACCCAGUUUACCAGGAUGGCAGCCUCGUAUCAGGGUCCCUUGAGGUAUUGAUUGAGCACUUGGUACCCACGGUCGAUUACUACCCUGAUCGGACUUAUAUCUUCACCUUUCUCCUGAGUUCCCGCGUCUUCAUCCACCCUCAAGAGUUGCUGGUGAAAGUCGGGCAAAUCUGCACCAAGCAGCUGGAAACAGGAUUGGAAGCAGAUAAGGCGAGGGUCAAGGAAUUUGUCCCAAAGAUCAUCCAGCUUCUGACUGAGUGGACAGAAACAUUCCCACAUGACUUUCAAGAUGAGAAAUCGAUGAAAGAGCUCAAGGACAUUACUCACCAGAUAGCACAGUGCGAUGAGGAAAACUCCAGUGUGAAGAAAAGCAUUAGCCAGAUGACCCAAAGUCUGAUCCGCAACCUCUCGAUCCACAGCCACCAGGAAGCUCGGGAAAUAAUCAAGCCGUCGGUCACGGAUAGGCUGCCCAUCCUGAAAGCCAAGACACCGUCCAGCCAGAAGGACAUACUAAGCGUGUGCAAUGAUCCCUGUGUCUUAGCUCAGCAACUAACCCAUAUCGAGAUGGACCGACUAAUGCACAUCACCCCGGAGGAGCUGGUGCAUAUAUUCAACCACAUGGAUUCAAUGGACAAUCAUAAGACCUGUCGCAGUGACAUCAAAAAGACAUACAGCUUGGAAGCCUGCGACAACUGGUUUAAUCGGCUGAGUUCGCUGGUCGCCACCGAGAUAUGCAGAGUUGGAAAAAAGAAACAGCGAACGCGUGUGGUCGAAUUUUUCAUCGACGUGGCAAGAGAAUGUUUCAACAUUGGAAACUUCAAUUCCCUAAUGGCAAUCAUAUCCGGCAUGAACCUCAGCCCUGUUGCCCGACUGAAGAAAACUUGGUCGAAGGUCAAAAAGGCGAAAUUUGAAGUCUUGGAAAAUCACAUGGAUCCUUCCAGCAAUUUCUCUCACUACAGAACAGCUCUUCAGGGGGCUGUGCAGCGAUCCCAGACAGCGCACAGUAACCGUGAGAAGGUUGUCAUUCCAGUUUUUAAUCUCUUCAUCAAAGACAUCUACUUUCUGAACAAGAUUCAUGCCAACAGACUGCCUAAUGGGCAAAUUAACUUCAAGAAAUUCUGGGAAAUUGCCAAACAGAUCAGUGAGUUUAUGAUGUGGAAACAGGUGGAAUGUCCCUUUGAGAAGGACAAGAAGAUCAAAAACUAUCUUCUGACAGCUCCUGUCUACACAGAAGAAGCACUUUACUUAGCUUCAUUUGAGAGUGAGGGACCUGAGAACCACAUGGAGAAGGACAGUUGGAAGUCACUCAGGGCCACACUUUUGAACAGAGCAUGAAGCAACCACUUUGUACACACCAGACUCUGCGAAUCAUUUGCACUGCAUCAGACUUUAGCUCCAUUUUGGAAGAGAAGAGACUUGGUUUGGUCACUUGCCUUUAAAUUUGUAAAUUUGAUUUUGAUUCAGAUUCGGAUCGUGACUGUACAGAGAGAAAGUGGCCGAAUCUUGGGGCUUUGCUCCCACUGGCUGGGAUAUGUUUAUUCAAUGCCUUUUACAGCAGACAUUGUGCUAUGACUUAAAGUCACUUGUAAAAUAAUUGGAAGACUACAAGAAGGCAGAAGACUGACUUUUGCCAUGGGGCAGGACCCUUUAAUAAAGAGAAGCAUCAUGGGAGAUCCCUGGCUGCUGUUUCUAUGGAUACUGGUAGAAAUAGGACAAUGGCAGCCUGUGAGAAAUUCCUACUACGGUCAAUUCAUUCUUUGUUUUGUGACAAUUUGCUGCUUCUGUUGGUGUGCGUGUGUAUGUGUGCGUGUGUGCACGCGUGCGUGCAUGUGUGUAUGUGCACAUGCGAGUGAGAGGAUAAGAGAUGAAGUGAGUUACGGGUAUAAACAGAAGGGACUUUAUUGCACCAGCCCAGAAUCCUGACUUAUGUAGGGGCGGGGGUAGAGGACAAAGUUUAACCGGACAAGAUUAUACAAGGCAGAGAGGUGAACAUCCAACACAGAGUAUGUAAUGAUGUUUCUAAACAGCAGCUUGUGAUGUACUGGAUUGAAACAGCACCAGUACUGUGCCCAUUGAGAAUGUGCAGAUUUAACAUUGUGAACUAUAACUCAUGGUUUCAUUGCUCUUAUUGAUUGAAGAGUAUUUAUUUUGUGCAGCGUCCAUGUCUCACUUAGAAUGAAGGACUCAUUUUCUGCCCUACUGCACAUGUUGUUCUGUAUCACCUGAAGCGAGACAGUCCCAAGAACUGAGGAGUACCUUGAACCUGCUGUAGAGUCCAUGACACUGCCUCUCCAACUCAAACUCAUCUUACCACCGACGUUUGCCUCAUUCACAAAACCAUCCUUCAAUGAAACUUUAUCACUUUGCAAUUGUUUAAUGUGCCUGACCAGCUGGGCAUCUUCCAAAUUCUCUGGUUCUUCUGUUAACAUUGAAGUUUUGUUUAAAUCAGACUCUUAAAAGAUUUAAAUAGUUAAAUACCACAUCAGAUCUCAACAAAACAUUCCUAAUACUAGAACCACCCUCCCAGAUGCUGCACAAGGGAUCAUGUCCAAUUUGGAAUAUUGUGCAUGGAGGCUUAUAAAUGCACAAUGAUUGCCCAUCUUUGGGGUUAGAUGGAAAAUUAAUGAUAAGGAAUUUGAUGGAUGGGGCUUGUCAACAAUGGGGGUGGGGCAGAGAAAUAAUCAUCUUGGUUGGGGAGAAAAGUAUGGGAAAGAGCUCCAAGGAGAAUAUUUGUGUAGAAGUUGAUAAACAGCUUGGUAAUGAUAGACCAAGGGAAAUGGAGUCUUUAUCAGGGGUUUCCAACCUGGAGUCCAUGGACCCCUUGGUUAAUGGUUGGGGUCUGUGGCAUAAAAAAGGUUGGGAACCCCUGGGCUAGAUGGAUUUUUAAUAGGGAAAUAUUAUUUCUGUAGCUGAAGAGCCUAGGUUAUCUAAGUUUAGCCUGUGAGACAUCAAACCCACCAACUUAACUGUUUGGUUAAAAAUUGGUACAAAAUGAAUGGCCAGAGAAAUCUUGAUAACUUAGAUGUAUUAAACUAGUAGGAAUGGGCAUUUGAUAUUUGGCCAGGACACUGAGGGCCAAUGACCUCAUAUCUAUGCUCUAUGAUUCUAUAAAUUCCUUAUAGAAGUGGUGAGACAUGAACUCGUUUCAGCAUCACACUAUAUCAUUUUGCAGUGCCCAGGACUGGUAGUGUCUUUCUCUCUCUACCACAGGUUAAGAGUUGAUUCUUGGCAAUAAUCCCAGAAAGUGGGGCUAAUCAUAAUCCCAAGUAUUCAGUAAUAUAGAAUCUGCUCUAACAGAAACCUGAGAAUAAGGUUAUAGUAAUUCAGCGGAUUGCAUGGGCAAGCUGGGAGACACAGGGACUUCUAAAUGUGAUUUGUGAUGAUCUGACUGUCCCUUGAAUACCUUAGAAACAAAAUCAUAAAUGGUGGGAGAUCCAAAAAUCUUAGAACUUCAGCAAAACCACUCGUUAGAUGUGCACGUUAAACGCAGCCUGGGAUGAGAAUGAAAAGAAAGCCAAUUAACUAGCUUUGGAGUGCUUGGUGGUGCAUUCAAAUAAAUGAGAUCCUCUCAUUGAGAUGUGUACAGAAAAUGCCAGAAGCCUUCAGCAGGUCAGGCAGCACCUGGAGGAAAAGGUUGAAAACCCCUCAUCAAGAUCUGCUUGAAUAGUUGAUGAAAGGUCAUUUCCCUCCCUUCCCCUUUCUGAAGGGGUCUCCCUGUCUGCUGUUUGCCCAGAGAUUUCAAGCCCAAGAGCUCAUGCUAACUCUACCAUUUAUAAUCCCCUAGCCCUGCUCCUUACGCACACAUUGAUAAAGUUUCAGGAACGUGUCAUUUCCUAUCUCCUACAAUGCCAACAUCAUACCACUGCCUUUGAUGUUACAGUGAAAAGAUUGUUAGAUGUGCCUAUGUGGAAUGGAGCUGUCCAUAACUUGUAUUGGAUUUAGUUACAUGUACAAUACCAGGAAAGUUUCUGUUCCAAAUAAAUCAAAGGUCAUUUUGUCCUUAGAGUCAGUCUUAGAACACUACAGCAACAAAAAACAGGCCUUUCAGCCCUUCUAGUCCAUGCCAAACUAUUACGCUGCUUAGUCAUUGACCUGCACCAGGACCAUCCGCCUCCCAUCAAUGCACCUACCCAAAUUUCUCUGAAUUGUAGAAAUUGAACCUUCAUCCACCACUUCGACUAGCAGCUCGUUCCACACUCUGAGCACCCUCUGAGUGAAGAUGUUCCCCUAAUGUUCCCCUUAAACACUUUACCCUUCACCCUUAACUUCUAGUUCUAGUCUCAGUCAACCCAAAUGGAAAAACCUUGCUUGCAUUUAUCCUAUCUGUAACCCUCACAAUUCUGUAUACCUCCUCCAAAUGUCCCCACUUUCUCCUAUACUCCAGGGAAUAGAGUCCUAUCUUAUUCAUCCUUUCCCUAUAACUUGGGUCCUCAAGUCGCAGCAACGUCCUUGUAAAUUUUCUUCCCACUCUUUCAAUCGUAUUGAUAUCUUUCCUGUAGGUCCUAGCUGACUUUGACAUUAUAAGCCAUCCUGUCAUUCCUGUCUCUGGUAGGAAAUCUGCAGUUGGUUCUCACCACACCCUGGCAGACCCAGGGUCCUCCAAAUAUUUGCCCAAAUAGUGCACAAACAUAGUUGAAGGAAGUCACAGCUGCAUUUUUACAAUCUUUGCAAGGACGGUGCUUUAUCUGGAUUUAUUGACUCAUGACACCCAGUGAGAUUAUUGUAUGCAGUCAAGGACAAGCAAUCAUACAACAAAUCCUCAAGGCAUUUUCUGAAGCUCACGUUUAUAACUUGUGCAUUUGUGACUUUUAAAGAAAACUUACAAGCACAUCUGUGUGAUUCUGUGAGGUGGAGCAGCGUCUAAGGCGGUAGAAUAAAUGACAGCUCCUUCUUAGAAAAUGACGAUUUGGUUGCAUGUACAAAAAUAGUUUGUGGGUUUCUGCUUUGUUACCAAGGGACUGAUACAGCAACACUCGCAAGCUGAUCAGUGAGUCGUUGCUUCAGUGUCACUUGGGCAGAUGGCUAUCACAGAAAACAGGCUAGCGUCACCACAGCUCCUUCUUGUAUCUAUCCUGCAACUAAAUGCAAUUUCAAAUCUCCAUAGAUAUGUCCCCCUUCCUUCAAAAGAUAACAACUCCCUUUGUUUUCUUGCAUGGGAGACACUUUACCCCACCUUCAAAAGAAAAAGCAGCACUCCUGAAAAUGAAUCUUUUAUUUUUUGUUUCCCCCGCUGGAGGGUUUAUGUAUUCAAAGCACUGAAUGCAUCAUGCAACAGUCUCGAUGUUUUAAUUGUUGGUUUUUAUAAAGAUACAAAUACAGAAAAUAAAUUAUGUGAAAUGAGAA